UUCUUUCUUUUUUUUUUUUUUUUGGUUCUUUUUUUCGGAGCUGGGGAUCGAACCCAGGGCCUUGCGCUUCCAAGGCAAGCGCUCUACCACUGAGCUAAAUCCCCAACCCCAAAAGGCAGCAUUUUCAAUUGUCAUCUGAUGACAGUUUAAAUGGCUGGUGUCAUCUCAGUGACUAAGAGCCCCCUGCUGUUCUUGUGGAUGACCCUGGAUCCACUGCCAGCACCCAGAUGGCUCACAACCGAAUGUAACUUCCCUUCCAGUAGAUGCAGCGCCCUCUUCUGGCCUCCAGAGGCACUGCACUCACGUUCCAGUUACACAUACAUUCAGGGAAAUCACUUGUACACAUAAAAUAAAAAAAUAAAUCUUAAGCCAUUGAUGCCACCUAAAAAUAACUGGACACACUUUUGGAAGGAAUGCAUGUUGGGAAAAUAUUUUCGAAGGCACUUCAGUUGCAUUUAUCCCAACACUAUAGCUAUAAUUGCACUAAAGUACUUUGCAUGUGUUUUGUAAUAGUCAAGACUUGGAAGGAAUCUCAAAGUGUACCAGCGAGGAUACAGAUGGUAGCAUAUCUGUUGGGCAUGGUGUGGCAUAGCAUUGUAUUGGUGAGACUUUCCCUGCUAUGGUAAAUUUUAAAGAAAUAAUUUAAAAUUAUUUUGACUCAAAGUUUCAGAUGUUUUAGUCUGUGGUUGUUUGAACCCAUCCCUGUGGGGCCUGUGAUAUGGCAUUUCAUCACGGUGGAGCACGGAGCAUGUGAUGGAGAAGCAGACAUUUCAUGGCAUUUUGGGAGGCAGAGAGAAAAGUCAGGGGUCAAGAUGCAGCAUUUCAGGGAAUGCCCCAGGGACCUAUUUCCCUCACCUCCACCCACUUCUUACUUUAACACUACGUUGUCAUCAGGAUCCAUGGUUCCAAGGAUCCAUUGGUUAGACCACAGUCCUUGGCAUGGAGACACUUCCCUGAAGUCCAUCAUCUGUGAUUCAAGCCUUCAAGUCAAGACUCUGUUGGAGACAUUUCAUACUUAAACUCAACAACCAGCUACUAAGCAAAACAAGCCGGUCUGUGCCAGUCGUAAAGAGCAGCAGUGCAGAAAUGUUCCAUGUCGUAUAAGCACAUUUAAAUGGAAGGACAAAUGCUUCCAAAGAGCUUAAACAGGUAGCAGAGAGGCCCACUCCCAAGUAUACAUUUAUCUACGUUUGUGUGUACAUGACUGACCCUGCAUGUCUGCAUGUAUAUGCCUGAACAUAAUAUCGUUUACCUUGAUUAUUUGGAAAGGGGAGAUGGUGGGAAUGAAGUUGGGAUUCCUUGGCAGGUUUUAAUUUUUUUAAUUAAUUGAAAUUUCUGGUUAGUUACUUGGGAUUGGGGUAAUUCACACCCCCUCCCCACCAAUACAAGCCGCAUGUUUAAGUAAGUACUUAUUUCCAUGAGAGCAGUCCACUGAGUUUGGUUUGUCCGUGAAUUGCAUAUGGUCAACCCCACCCUGUGUAAGCUGUGUGUAGAAUGCUGGGCUCCAGCCCUGUGUGUAAAGAGCCAGAGUUAAAAAACAAACAAACAAAAACAAAACAAAACCCUCCCAGAAGAGACCUAGCACUGAAAACCAAAGCAUGCGUGGUAUUGGGGGAAAGAGAUUAGGCAGCGAGGGGACUUAAAUAAGAGUGCCUGUGUGUGGAGGGGGUAUUUUGUGACCCAUGUCCUUUGUACAUUGGAGGGUCAGCAGGCCAGAGGGCAUGUCUCAUGGAGUGCCAUUGACUGUGCCCUUGUUCUGGCCCAGCUGCAUUCUGCAGUCGCUGGCCAGCGCACUGGAUGGGAGUGAGUUUGCCAGUCUUAGCUGUGAGGGAAGUGCAAUGCAAUGGCAAAGCCCCUAAUAUCCGAUUUUUACCACACGUGUGGCACCAUUUUGGUUAUGGAAGCCAAGUAGUCUACAGAGAUAAAGGCAUAAGUCAGAAAGGUGAAAGAAAGAUGAGCCUUUUCAUGUUUUUGGAGAAAAUAUAAGUGGUUAAAAAGGGGAGUGGGGGAGCUUUUAUCAUAAGAAAUGUCUGCCCAAAAGACCCUAUUGGAUGGCUACUGAAGUCUGCUAGUUUAAAUCAAAACUAAGAGCUUUCUUAUAAAACUGUAUCUCUCAUUAAUCACCGUAUCUUUUGUUUGACUUCCUAUCUAAAAUAUUCUACCAUCAUUAAUUUGACAUUCACAUAAACGUUGGGUGCAGAGAGAAAAAUAAUGAAUGGUCCAGUUCCUGUCAGAUGAAAGUUAGAAGAGUCUCCCUGUCACAGAGGCAACAGUAAGGCGAGGAAGUCUGAGGAAGCAGCUAGGGCAAGUGGGUGGCUGAUUCAUCGUGGUCUGGCAGUGAGCUGUCCCUGACACCAGUACAAACCUUGAUCCAUUCCAGAAACAUCCUGGCUCGUUCCAAGCACAGGGCUGAGAUGCUGGGACAGACUUGCCAUGCCCCAAGGAAGCGAGCAGCCUGCUAAUUUGACUGCUGCUCAAAUGAGGACACCCAGAGGAAUGGUUGAAACUGAAGAAUUCUCCUUGCAGGUCAAACAGUGGCAUCAGUGCAUCGGUCGGUGGUCUCUUUCACUGUGUGGAAAGUCUCACAGUUGUCAGAAAGGCACUUAUGGAGAUUAUGUCAGAGCAAACCUCAUACUGAGCUGAUCCUCUGGAAAAGUACUUUGUAGGCUCUUUGAGUGAUCUUCUGGGCAGUUCAGCUCCAGGCUGCUUUCCCAGCACCCAGAAUGGUCCACAGGCACAACCCUCCAAGCAGCACUGCACACAUGCAGCUCUCACCGGGGUGGGGAUGUCUCCUCCCACUGCCUCCAGCUUAACUUCUCAUUAUAUACUGCAGUGGGGUACCCGACCUCAAUUGUCUUGAACUUUAUAAUGCAGGAGAUACAAAAAAUGUCUAUGCUGACUGGUUUAGGUGCAGCCGCCAUGGAUUCUUCUCACCAUUCUUGAUUUCCCACCUCUAGUCACAAAACAAGACUUCUGCUUUAAGCCUUGUCCUUAAGGCUGCCAAAGCCAGCAGGUGCUUGGCUGUGAAGUGACUUGGGAUGCCGCCAUUCCCCGUGAUGGAUGAGGCAGGCUGGGUGCAGCACCUGAAAAGGAGCAGUGAUCCCUGCUUCACUGCUGCGUCUCCGCCCACGAGAGAGAGCUCGCCUGUAUAGUCAGUCAUUCCUGCUCUCGCUCCGGAGUUCUCCUCCCAAAAUAACCAUCCCGCUGGAAUCCCUUCCCUGAAGGUGUGACUUGCUUCUCGCUCUUCUGAAGGCCAUGUCCCAUGAUAAGCAGACACCCUGCGAGCCGAAGACUCAUAUCAGGAAGCAACCCCACCCCCACACCCACCCCAAGUCUUCUCUUGGUCACAGGUGAAAUCUCAUUUGACUACGCCGCCUGUUCCGGGAUGUGGAGCUGGAAAAAGCAUUCGUAUGACUCUCCAUGUUGCUUCCGUCCUAGGAAAGAGGUUCAAGGAUUGAGGCUCAGACUGACUGUUGGGGGAGGAUCCACGCAUCUCUGUGGCAUCAGUUCUCUCUUAUUUGGACUAUGUGCGUCCACAAGUUUCUUGUACUGAUUGGAGUAUAUGUCCCUCUCUACCCUUAUCUCCUCAAAUCACAACCAGCCAGUUCUCUAACCACCUCCCUCCGGGAGUAACAAUUUGCAAAACCAGAGGCCAAAGCAGGACUGAAUCCUACAAGGGAGAUCAAGAUAGGAGUGACCAGCCACUGUCCCAAGAGGCCGAAGCCUUUGGCAUGUCUGAGCGGAGCCGACCCGUCUUCCGUGGGAGCUCCUUUGAACAGCUUCCAUAAAACAUUUUUAUGCAUACAUUGCUUCAAUCAAGACCCGAAAGGACAUCUCUCCAUCUUCUCCACAGGCCGUUUUAAGAGUCCAAUGGUCUCCGAGAGGACCCUCCACUCAGCUGUCAAAGCACCCCAGCGCCCCAGGGUGCUUGCAGUUCAAUGGUAGAUGCAGCUGGAUUUGAGAGCAUCGCACAGUGUCCUCAGGAGCUUCAUCAGAUGAUGGCUGCAGCAGCUGAUGGUUUGGGGAGCAUCGCCCUAGAUACCACGCAGCUCAACAUGUCCGUCACCGAUCCCACAGCCUGGGCCACAGCUAUGAAUAACUUGGGCAUGGUUCCUGUGGGGUUGCCUGGACAGCAGCUCGUGUCUGACUCAAUCUGUGUGCCGGGCUUCGAUCCAGGACUCAACAUGAUGACCGGGAUCACCCCCAUUAACCCGAUGAUCCCUGGCCUGGGGCUGGUACCACCCCCACCCCCAACGGAAGUGGCCGUUGUCAAGGAAAUAAUCCACUGCAAAAGCUGUACUCUUUUCCCCCAAAAUCCAAAUCUUCCACCUCCUUCCACAAGAGAGCGACCUCCAGGGUGCAAGACUGUGUUUGUCGGAGGAUUACCAGAAAAUGCUACGGAAGAAAUUAUUCAAGAAGUCUUUGAGCAGUGUGGCGAUAUCACAGCCAUCCGAAAGAGCAAGAAGAAUUUCUGUCACAUUCGCUUUGCAGAGGAAUUCAUGGUUGACAAAGCCAUUUACCUCUCUGGUUACCGAAUGCGAUUAGGGUCGAGUACGGAUAAAAAGGAUUCUGGCCGCCUUCACGUGGAUUUUGCCCAGGCCAGGGAUGACUUUUACGAGUGGGAAUGUAAGCAAAGGAUGCGGGCCCGGGAGGAACGGCAUAGGCGAAAACUGGAAGAGGACAGGCUGCGGCCUCCCUCGCCGCCCGCCAUCAUGCACUACUCAGAGCAUGAAGCUGCCCUGCUGGCUGAAAAACUGAAAGAUGACAGCAAGUUCUCCGAGGCUAUUACAGUUCUGCUGUCCUGGAUAGAGCGUGGGGAGGUGAAUCGGCGCUCGGCGAACCAGUUCUACUCCAUGGUUCAGUCGGCCAACAGCCACGUGCGCAGGCUCAUGAAUGAAAAGGCCACCCAUGAGCAGGAAAUGGAAGAAGCAAAGGAGAAUUUUAAAAAUGCCUUAACGGGGAUCCUCACUCAAUUUGAGCAGAUUGUGGCCGUUUUCAACGCUUCUACCAGACAAAAAGCUUGGGACCAUUUCUCGAAAGCUCAGCGCAAGAACAUAGACAUUUGGCGAAAGCACUCUGAGGAGCUCCGGAACGCUCAAAGCGAGCAGCUCAUGGGCAUCCGCCGUGAGGAGGAGAUGGAAAUGUCUGAUGAUGAGAACUGUGACAGCCCAACUAAAAAAAUGAGAGUCGAUGAAUCAGAGGCAGACACUGAAGACUGUGCAGGAGACAUGGCGGACCCUGGCUUGCAUUCUGCUGCCCUGGCUGCUCAGGCCUAUGCCCUCAAGGAGGAGAACGACAGUCUCCGGUGGCAGCUGGAUGCCUACAGGAAUGAGGUGGAGCUGCUGAAGCAAGAGAAAGAGCAGCUCUUCCGCACAGAGGAGAACCUCACCAAGGACCAGCAGCUGCAGUUCCUCCAGCAAACCAUGCAGGGCAUGCAACAGCAAUUGCUGGCCAUCCAGGAGGAGCUGAACAACAAAAAGUCAGAAUUGGAGCAGGCGAAGGAGGAGCAGUCUCACACACAAGCAUUGCUCAAAGUCCUCCAGGAGCAGUUAAAAGGCACCAAGGACUUGGUGGAGACGAACGGCCACAGCCACGAGGAUGCAAAUGAAAUCAAUGUGUUGACGGUUGCGUUGGUUAACCAAGACCGAGAAAACAACACCGAAAAAAGAAGCCAAGGCUUAAAAUCUGAGAAGGAGGCCCUGCUAAUAGGCAUCAUAUCGACGUUUCUUCAUGUUCACCCCUUUGGAGCUAAUAUAGAGUAUCUGUGGUCAUACAUGCAGCAGCUGGACUCCAAGAUAUCUGCCAGUGAAAUUGAAAUGCUUCUGAUGAGACUGCCACGCAUGUUCAAGCAGGAAUUCACUGGUGUGGGAGCGACGCUGGAGAAGAGAUGGAAGUUGUGUGCCUUUGAAGGAAUUAAAACGACCUAACUGACGGCCAGGAAAGCUGGAAGCAAAACCGUCUGAAGCCAGCCAGGGCCGUACGGCCUAGGAGCCGGAGGGUUGGGGUCUGCCAGCGUGGGACCUGUGUGGAGCCACCAAAGCUUUGUUCAGUGACAUCUGUGGCGUUUUCAUGUGCGUGGAAAUGUAAUUGUGUACCAGUUCCUUAAACUAGACCAAACCUCAUACUAUGCCAGACCUGCCCCUAUGAAUACCAAGCAAUGAUUCCACAGUCAAUGACCACAAAAUCUCAAACUAGGCCUCGUUGCCGGGUAGCGCAAAUGCUUAAAGUCGGCGGCGCUGCAGCAAUGGCGGUUGCCCGGCUACGGAGUUGUAUAUGUAAUGUACAGCUGAGAACAUUAAAUGACAGACAUUCUCCUGAUGGUCUUUCUGUUUUCGUUAAUAAAACAACAAAACAACAACAACAAAAAAAAAGGUGAUUUUACAGUGGGGAAAAAAAUCAUACCAAAAGAAAACUUGAAUAUGUGUUUGAACAGUUAUUGUAUUUUGUAAAUUAAGUUAUAUGCUAUUCCAGGGACUUUUUGCCUUAUUGAAGAGGCAGAAAACUAUGAUUGGACUCCUUGAGAAUGCUUUAUCAGGGAUAUUAUUUUUCUAAUGUAACGGUUCUCCAUCACGUGUUCUUUUCACAUGGACUGCAUAGCAAUUUUCAUAAACUGUAAAUAGAAGGAAACCCGCUGCUGUCCCGUGCUUGUAUGUAACAUUCAGGUUUAUGCAUUGAAAAACAUUCGGAAAAUAUUCCUGUUACAAAUUUUAUAGCAAAGAUAUUAAUUUUUUUCAAUAAAUCUUGACUUCUACCA